GUUUUAAAAUAAAAGUGCCACAUUUCAAUAUAUAUUAUUUAUUUAAAAAAUUAUUCAUGUAAAAAAUGAGUGAAACAGAUGCUUCAAAAAAAACAAGCAUAAAAAAUCCACUUUUUCACAAUUCAAACUUCUUUGUUGAUGAUAUUACACACAAUGCACUGAUUUUGACUCCAGCACCUCCUUUUAAGAAAGAGGAAGAGCAAACGUCUGCUUAUUUUAGUAUAGACAACCAAAAAUCAUUACCAACGAAUAUAGACAACUUUAGCGAAAUAAAUUUACACAGUCCUAAAAAGUUUUUGGAAAUUUCAACAACAUCAUUUGAUCAAAACGAAAAUAGCGAUCCUCAAUCCUUUACAUCGGGUCUAUCUGCUUCGUUCGCACAAAUUCCUAAUGUAGCAUCAAAUGUUUUUUCCAGCUUUUCACGUGUAAUAAGAGGAAACUCGACACUAGCAACACAAACGUGCGAAGACCUAAAAUUAGAAAAAUCUUCUGAAACACAACAUAUUUGCAAUUUAGAUAGUGAUAGUAACCAACAUGACAUUACUAUACCAACACUGUAUUCACCAGAUGAAUUAAACAUUUUAAAAUAUCCGAAUCAACAAAACAAAGCUAAAGAAAAAUCUAAAAAGAAAUGUUAUGCUAAAUAUCCAGGAUUGUCUUCUAACUUACCUUUGGUGCCCAUAAUUCCCAAUAAUGAACAAAGCUCAAAAGAGUUGAAAUCAAUUGAUAACCCUUUUGUUUCUAGUCAUGAUUAUUUAGACAACAGUGAAGACUCAUCCAAAAGUGCGUUGCGAACAUUUCAAUUCAAUGGAGAAGAAGAAAAUGCUACAAAUAAAGGCUAUGAUGUGAAUCAAAUAUUGAAUAUUGGAGGUAGCAAAAGUCUAUCAAAAAAUUCAGUUCCAGAACAUUCAUCAAAUAAAAACGCUACAAUAGACAUUUCAUCAGGUAUCUUAAAUUCAGACCUGUGGAAAACACAUUCUGUAUCAACCGUAUCUUCAAAUAUUGAACAUUAUUCAAAAGGAAUAGAUAAUCUUCACGGACAGGGAAGUUUAAUUAAUAAAGUGCCUCUUGAAAAAGAAUUUUCAAAUAUCAAUAGAGGUGAUUGCAUAAAAGAACUAUUUAAUGCGACUCAUAAAAUUGUAAAUAAUAAUAAUUGUAUUGAAACAAAUCAGCAACACGAUCAAAACGAAAUUUCAAACGAACAAAAGAAUAUAACGGAUUUUGAUUAUAGCGGAUUUGAAGAAAUGGACGAAAUAAAUAAUGACAAUGGACUGACAACUGACGUGAAGUAUCGACCUGUAUAUUAUCAUUGGUUCUAUGAAAUUGUAGAAGAUUUAGCAAAAACACAAUGGACACCAUUUUCAAUGAAAGAUUCAAUGGCCCUAGAAGAAGCUAUGGCGAAAUCUAGAGCCAGUAACUUUUUAGUUCCAACUGAUGGUGGUCGUUAUGAUGUUUCACUUUCUGAAAGAAAACGUAUUCCGAUCUAUUGGAAUGGAUUACCUAAUGCUGUUCGUCGCUGUUCAUGGUUUUAUAAAGCUCUCGAUUCUCAUUUUGUUCCAUACGAAGAAAGUACAGCUGAAAAAUUAGAAGAACAAUAUUGUGAAGCUUUCAGAACUGGGAAAUGGCAAAAAAAAAUACUUCUGGAAAAUGGAGAAACUAUAGUUUUUCAUGGACCAUCAGUAAUUGUUCAUUUUCUUCAUUCACAAACUGCAGAUUCUUGGACUGGUACGCAAGCUACAAAUCGUCCACGUGUAGUAAAACGUGGUAUUGAUCAUUUUAACAUUGAAGAUGGCGAGAGCGACCAAAUUGAUCAUUUGGUUUUUAUGAUUCAUGGCAUAGGCAAAGCAUGUGACUUGAAGUUUCGUACCAUUGAGGAAGCCGUAAAUGAGUUUCGAAAUAUUUCGAAUCAAUUAGUCCAGGCUCACUAUAGAAAUUCAUGUGAUUUAGGAAUUGUAAAUCGAGUAGAAGUGCUACCGGUUUCGUGGCACGUAGAGUUACAUUCAGAAGAAUUUGGAAUAGAUGAAAAACUCAAAUUAAUUACGUUGCAGUCCAUACCAAAAUUAAGAGGUUUCGCAAAUGAGACACUGUUGGACAUUUUAUUUUAUUCCAGUCCAAAGUUUUGUCAAACCAUUAUUUCAAUUGUGGGAAAUCAACUGAAUAAUCUUAUACAUGUUUUCAAAGAGAGAAACCCGAAUUUCAAAGGGGGAAUAUCACUUGGAGGUCACAGUUUAGGCUCAUUAAUACUUUUCGAUCUCUUAAGUCACCAAACUGAUGAUUGUAAUGGAACAGAACCUCAAUCCUUAGAGCAACAAAAUUCUGUCAACACUAUCGGCGGGGGGACGGGACAACCUUUUAUUAAUUAUCCUCAAUUGGCGUUUAAAAUAAAGAAUUUUUUUGCUUUAGGCUCGCCAAUAUCCAUGUUUGUAACAGUUCGUGGAAUCAGUGAGUUAGGACAAAAUUAUCGAUUACCUACAUGUGAAGGGUUUUUUAAUAUAUUUCAUCCAUAUGAUCCUGUUGCCUAUAGAUUUGAGCCUCUUAUAUAUCCAGAGAUGAGUAAAGUUAAUCCCGUUCUCAUACCACAUCAUAAAGGGCGAAAACGAAUGCACUUGGAAUUGAAAGAAACAAUGCACAGAGUUGGCACGGAUCUCAAACAACGAAUUGUUUGUACUUUUCAGAACACCAUGCAAGCUGUAUACUCUCUGACGACAAAUAAACAAAUAAUAGAUCAAGCAGCAAUCGAGGAUGAAGUAAAUAAAGCAUUAGAAAAUCAGUUGAAUCAAAGUAUAAUAGAUAGAUCAGAAUGCGUAAGUGAGACAAGUGAAACUGAUCAACGGGAGACAGAACUACAAUUAGGACAAAUGAAUAAAUCACGUAGAAUCGACUAUAUGCUACAAGAAUCAGUUUUAGAGUAUUGCAAUGAAUAUUUAUUUGCUCUUACCAGUCACGUAUGCUAUUGGGAAUCAGAGGACACAAUUUUGUUUAUGAUGAAAGAAAUUUAUUCUUCAAUGGGUGUUUCAACUGAUAGCCAAAUUCCUCAACACACUUUAAAAAUAGAAAGAUUAACUGGUGAUCAAAAUAGUUCAAUUAAAUGAAUUUUAUUAUACAUGUAAAGGAAUAAUGUUUAUAAUAAAGUAAUCAU